GACGCGCGUUCCCUCUUUUGCCCUUUGCCCUUGUAAGCUCACUUCCUUCAAAACCACACCAACCUUUCAGUUGAUAUUCUGGUCUCCUCCCACCUCCGACCGACUUCAGCGCGACCGACUUCCUCCCAUCAUCGACCUCGUACAGUAGCACCGCCACCCUCAUCGUCACCUUUCUAAGCUACGACCUCCGACGCUAAGCUCUGACAGCGUCGAUCUCCACCCUUGCUCCUUCGUCGGUUAUUCUGGAAUGGUUCUAGACAUAUGCUUCAGAAGUCAGCAAUGAGGAACACCAAGCUUUGGCAUUAUCAAUUGGUCCAUCGACUUGGCUUGUCCUUCUCCAUUAGCGCUGUUUCUCGUCAUCUGUUCUUCACCAUCGACUCCAUCUUCUUCAUCGAACCGUAACAAAAUCUAUUUCAGGGGUAAAAAAUCAAGACUAGAAGGGAGAUGCACAGCAAAGCGGGAAACCUGCUCAUCGUCUUGUUUUGUAUUCCAUUACGCCUCCCAAAGCUUCUGAAUUCGACAUCUAGAAUCUCAUCAAACUUACUAGCAAAUCAAACGAGUGAUUAUUUGUGCUUCUUUUAUUGGAUUUCAAAAUGGAUUCUGCAAUUUCAUUGGAGGAAUCUAUACCAGAAAGCAUCCUUCAACCUUUCUUUUCUGCUACCAAUUCAUCAACACUAAACAAAGCUUUGGAGAAUCUAAUAGAAUUGGCUAGAACAAAAGAGGGUCGAUCUGAUCUUGCUUCCAAGAAUAUGCUCAACCCAACCCUUCAACUCUGUAAAUUACUAUCAUACCCUUCUUCAGGCGACACACUUUUAUUGGCUCUUAAACUCAUCAGAAACCUAUGUGCUGGAGAAUUACGAAAUCAGAAUUCAUUUAUCGAACAAAAUGGAGUUGAUAUUGUUUCGAAUAUAAUCAGUUGUAAGGAAAUUGUUAACGAUUCAAAUCAUGGGCUUAUUCGAAUGGGAUUACAAGUUGUAGCAAAUGUUUCAUUGGCUGGAGAGGAACAUCAACUUGUUAUAUGGAACCAUAUUUAUACUUUGAAGUUUCUUGAGAUUGCAAAGAUUAGAAGAAAAGAAACCUGUGACCCUUUGUGUAUGAUCAUCUAUGCUUGUGUUGAAGAGAACCAUGAACUGCUUGACAAGUUGUGUUCGGAUCGUGUUUUGCCUCUUCUUGUUGAAAUUAUAAGAACUGCAUCUGAAGUGGGGUUUGGAGAAGAUUGGGUGAAGCUAAUUCUUUCAAGAACAUGCAUUGAAGAAUCUUACUUCACACCCAUCUUCUCAAACUUACAAUAUCCUCAUCCUUCUAUUGAAACUACAAAUACCUUCACACAAGAACAAUCCUUUUUGUUAAGCAUCCUAUCCGAAUUGAUAAACGAGCAACUCGAGCAUAUUACACUAUCAAAGUUUUUCGCUUUAGAUAUUUUCAAGAUCCUAAAAACCAGUUUAGGUGUUGUUGAUUAUGCUUCACGCCCAAAAUCCGGUCUCCCAACCGGCUCAAAUGACAUCGAUGCCCUUGGAUACUCUCUCUGCAUAUUGAGAGACAUUUGUGCAUUUGACCCGGGUCAUGUGGAUAUGGUCGAUCCGUUGCUUUCAUUAGGGUUUAUCGAAACAUUGCUCGAUUUGCUUCGUGAACUUGAACCUCCUUCAAUAAUAAGAAAAACAAUCAAACAUGAUGAGAAUGAAGAAACAAAAACUCAUUCGGGUAAAAUAUGCCCUUAUAAGGGAUUUCGUAGUGAUAUUAUUGCGGUUAUUGGGAAUUGUGCGUAUGGGAGGAAGCGAGUUCAAGAUGAGGUGAGGGAGAAGAAUGGGAUACUUUUGAUGUUGCAGCAUUGUGUCACGGAUGAUGAAAACCCGUUUUUGAGGGAGUGGGGUAUUUGGGGUGUGAGGAAUUUGUUGGAAGGGAAUGUAGAGAAUCAAAGGGUGGUUAGUGAGUUGGAAAUCCAAGGGUCGGUUAACUUACCGGAGCUGUCUAAUCUUGGCUUGCGGGUCGAUGUCGAUCAACUCACUCGACGUGCAAAGCUUGUAAACAUGGCUUGAAGCUCCCCCCUUCUUACACAACAUUGUCUUUGUGUUUAUGUUUGUUCGACUAUUUUCCUAGUGAUGUCUUUACAUUUUUUAUAAUUACAAAUGCAAAUGAGAAAAAUAUAUAUGUAUUUUGUUACGUAGAAGUGGUAGAACUAGUGUUCAAACUUUUUAUUACCCUUCUAAACAAAACAAACAACUAAAAUAGUGC